UGAAUACAAUCAAGCACUUCAAUUCCUAGAAAAAGGUUGUAAGUGUGGUUGCUCUGCUAAACUACCCAAAGAGAAGUUUGCCAAACUCCGUUCUGACUUCCAAUCUCUUUCUAAACCCGAACAAGAUGCUUAUGUAAUGGCUAAUCUUAUUUCUAUGGAUGAGGGAGAGAUUACCACCA